CCGCGCGCGGCAAGCGCCCGCGCGGCAGACGCGCCCGGGCAAGUCCACAUUCGCGUUUUGCGGCACGCGACAACGGCGCGUGGAGUCCCGCGUUGUCUCGUUCCAUUCGAUACUUCUCGUGACAACACGCUCUCCCUUCUGCCGAUUUCGUGUUCCAUUGGAAGUGUCUGUGUUUCUUUGCGCCACUGCCGGUCACGCUCAGGCAUGUCGGAUCCGGACGAGGAGCUACUGGUGACUGUGAACACUAUAAUACUUGUUUGUUCUUUACUUGUGCGACGUCGACGUGCCAGACAGCGGACGAGAAAGUUUUGGGUGCGCCCUAUAUGGCGGUACAGGGACACUGAGAGCCAUGCGCACACUCUGCUUCCCCGCCUGCGCGCGAGAGACGAAAGAUACUUCAGAGACUACCUGCGAAUGCCGCCGAGUGUCUUCGACACUUUGCUCGGUCUCGUGCGGCCCCUGAUUGAGCGGCAGGUGACACCGUUCCGCGAUCCCAUUUCUGGUCAUGAUCGACUAGCAAUGACGAUACGGUUCCUUGCGAAUGGAGACACCUUCAGGAGCUUAUCCUACAAUUUUCUAACAGGGAGGUCAACAGCAUGUGAAAUUGUCAGACAAACAACUUCCGCCCUUUGGGACGCUCUUCAGUCAACGUAUUUAAGAUUUCCAGCAACUUCCCAGGAGUGGCUAAAGAUCGCUGCAGACAUGGAAGAAUUUUGGCACUUUCCCAAUUGCAUAGGUAGGUAG